AUGCAAACCAUCACGGCCGAUAAAUGGACCGACGACGUCUGGGGCAUCUCAACCAGUCAAGACCCCGUGUCGCGACUAUACUUCUACUUCGGACGCAACGACCACUGGGUCGCAGAGCGCACAAGAGACGAGAUCAUUGAACUGCGAGGGCAAAAGCCCCAGGGACCGAAGAUGACUGUGUGUGAGGAGGGGGUUCCGCAUGCGUUUUGUCUGAGUGAGUGUUUCCUUUAUCUUGGUUUCUCCCCUAUCUUUAACCUGGAGGAAGCUGUACUAAUUUUGAUGACGUUUUUAUAG